AUUUUGUCAAUUAAGUGGAAGUAAUCUCUUUCUAAACAACCCAUAUUUUAUUUUCUUCUCUGUUCUUCUUCCACUUCCUGAGAGAGAUUUUAAUCAAUCAAGAAACAGAGUGAGGGGCAAAAAUGGAAGGAAUAGGGAAAAAAGCAGAAGCAGAAAGAUGGUUAGAAGUUGCAGGAAAGUUACUAAUGGCAAGAGAUCUAGUUGGAAGUAAGAAAUUUGCAAUAAGGGCAGCAGAAUCUGAUCCAUCAUUGGAAGGUGUAGAUCAGAUCUUAGCUAUUUGUGAUGUUUUAUUAGCUGCUGAUAAGAGGAUCAAUAAUCAUAUGAACUGGUAUGCAAUUUUACAACUUGUUGAUAACAGAGGUAACCCUAUGAAUAAUGAUUUUGAAAUGAUCAAAAAACAGUACAGAAAGUUAGCUUUACUUUUACAUCCUGAUAAAAACAAAUCUGUUUUUGCUGAGAAUGCUUUUAAACUUGUUUGUGAUGCUUGGACUGUCUUGUCUGAUCCUGCUAAGAAAAAUCUUUAUGAUAAUGAGUUAAAACUUUUCUUCAAAUUUGAAUCUGUUACUCUAAACAACAACAACAAUAACAUCAACACUCAGACUCAUCAGUAUCCUCCACAACCACAACCACAACCACAACCACAAUCACAACCACAACAACAAUCACAUGCACAAGAAAACCAAGAGACACCUGUUAGAAGAAGUACUAGAGAGAAAAGAAAGAGUACUACUGGUGCUGCUGCUGGUGGUAAUGGUAGUGGUGGUGUUGAGGAGACUAUCUCACAGCCUAGAAAUGAAAAUCGUAAUGUUCCUCAACGAGUUAAUCCAACUCGUGCAGGUACUAAAAUGUCAAGUUUUUGGACAUCUUGUCCUUACUGUUAUAAUCUUUACGAGUACCCAAGGGUUUAUGAAGAAUGUUGUUUGAGAUGUCAGAACUGCAGAAGAGCAUUUCAUGCAGCUGUAAUACCCUCCCCACCUCCGGUUGUUCCUGGGCAAGAAGCGUACUAUUGUUGUUGGGCAUUUUUUCCGCUAGGUUUUGAAGUUCCUAGUUUAGCAGGUGGCAAGAAGAGUGGGUUUCCUAAUUGGACACCUUUUUCAGCGAUGCAACCCAUGUCAUCCAAUCCAGGUCAGUUGCCGAAUUCUAAUCCAUUUGGGUCCAAACCGGAUGAUGGUGGUGGUAACAAUGAUGGUGAUGAUAAUGAUGCUGAUGGUGAUUCUGAUGGAAGCUGGGAUGGCGACGAAGGUGAUUUUGGUAGAAAGAAGGGAAAAACUGCUGCUGAUGUUAGAAAAGGUCCUGUUGUGAAGAAAACUGCUAGAAAAUCUGUUCUGCCGACGUCAACCGGAGGAAAUGUUUCUGAGCCUGUACAUGAUGGACCUGUAACCAGUGGUCCGUAUGAUGGGAAUGUAUUGCCAAACAAAGCGGCUCCGCAGAGAAUUGUGAAGAAAGCAGUGGCAAAGAAGGCAACUAGGCGGUCUGGGAAAUUCGCCCAGGAAUCAGAAAUAGUGGAUUUGAAUGCAGACGUUAGACAUGAGUUCAAUGAUCCCAAUUCUUCUCUAGGUGAAGGUGUUGAAGGAGAUGAAGACCCCAUUCCUGGGAUAGGAUUUUUUGAAGGACUUGAUGAUAUACUGGGACAUCUUGGAAAUCUGCCUAUACUGUCAGUUCCAGGGGAUCAGAAUAAGAUGGCACAGCAGAACAAUGCUUAGUCUUCUAGAUGCCUGUUUUAUUGUUUGUGCUGUAUGUGUUUCUCUUGGUAGUUGUAGCUUGUAACUUGCAGCAGCCCGAAUUCUACUUUCUACUUUACUUUGUCACUUCUUAGUUAGAACUGCAGUUGUACAAGUUGGAAAUUUGUAAUCAGAUCCUCUCUUGUAGCUUUUCUGUAGAUUUUUUUUUUCUA